AUGCCAGCGAAUCAGAUGGCCAGCAGCCCUCUGGCUCCAGCAGCGCCGCCGCGAGUGGUGGUCACUGCUGCAAGCUGCAUACUUGGUGUGGGUCUCUCCUGCCAAGGGCUAAAUCCCAACUGUGGCAGGUGGAGGCCUUUAAGGGCCUCCAUUAGGCCGCCAGUGGGCGGGCUUCCUGUUUCCCUGGUCACUGUGAAAUGUUUUGACAGUGCCCAACACAAGUACUUCCUUAUUGGAGAGCAAUGGAUCCAGAUUGUUGAAGACCAGGUUGAAAAUUGCGUGUGUUCUGACCGUGGGCCUGAGUGUCAUCGCGUUCAACAUGAAGACUGCAAAGUUAACCAAUGUCUCCAGGGCGGCGAGUGUCGAGCCAUCCAGGACACAGGCGAGGUCGUUUGCUGGUGCAGUGAUGGUUUUGUGGGGAAGUACUGCGAUAUAGAUACGAAGGCCACCUGUUAUGAAGGUAAUGGGAUGUCUUAUAAAGGUACCAAGGAUGAGAGUUCCUCUGGUAUCGAAUGCAUGCCUUGGAAUGAGGACUUCUUGCGAGAUAGGUUAAACGUCAGUAGCUUGGAAGAAGCUCUCCAGCUGGGCCUGGGCAAUCACUCCUAUUGCAGAAACCCAGAUGGUGAUGAAAAACCCUGGUGUUACAUAAUGUUAGACUACCAUGUGUCCUGGGAGCACUGCAAUGUCGCAAAGUGUGGUACAGUAAAUGUAUGGUCGAGGAAAGUUACUCCUAUUGCAAGGUUUACGUCAUUGACAGUUCCUCAAAAAUCGCCCUCGUGCGGGAAACGUGCCAAAAAGGGCCCAAGACCAAGGAUUGUUGGGGGGUCCUCAGCCAUGCCUGGCUCUCAGCCCUGGCUAGCGGCCAUAUACAUUGGGAGGAACUUCUGUGCUGGAUCUCUAAUAUUUUCUUGUUGGGUUGUCUCUGCUGCCCAUUGCUUCACUAAUAGUCCACUGAGUUCAUCCAUCAGAGUUGUGUUCGGCCAGCAUUAUUUUAAUAAAACGAGCAAGCAUACUCAGGAAUUUGAAAUCGAGAAAUACAUUGUACACAACAAGUACACUACAUUUGACGAAACCAGGCACGACAUAGUCCUUCUAAAGUUGAAGAAGAAAAUGAAACACUGUGCAGUCAAGACUCGAUUUGUUCGGCCACUCUGUUUACCGGCUGCAAGUGAUUUCUUCCCAGCUGAGACCGAGUGCCAAAUCUCUGGGUGGGGACACAUCCACGAAAAUAUGACUGAACAUUCGAGCACUUUGCAGGAAGCCUCUGUCCCCAUUGUAUCCCAGGCAUUGUGCAGCAGCAAUCUUCUCUACGGUAGUGAAGUGACGCCAAAUAUGGUCUGUGCUGGAGAUCUCCUAAAGGGUGUCGAUGCCUGCCAGGGGGACUCUGGAGGUCCGCUGGUGUGCUACAAGGAUGACACUGCGUACCUGUAUGGAAUUAUCAGCUGGGGAGAUGGCUGCGCUAAGGUUAACAGGCCGGGAGUGUACACAAGGGUCAGCAAUUACGUGGAAUGGAUCUACAAGAAUAUCAAACGUAGGCCCAAAUACGGCAGGAAAUGCUAACCUUGAAGGAUGGGAGUUCUUGCUUCACCAAAACGAUGAAUCCAAUCACUACCUUCCUUUUUGUGCGUGUGGAAACAGUGACUUUGGAAGAACCCCCAUUGUUCUGUUUUAAUUAUU